UGAGACACGGCCCGAAGCCCACCCGGAGAAAACCCUAGCACGCCACAACCAUAAAACCACACCCCUCUCCCACCCGCCGCCGCCACUCGCCGCAACAUCUCUCGCUACGAUAGGGAGCACGCCGCCGAAGCCCUAGCUCCCCCUUCCACCGCCAAAAUGGUGAAUGUUCCUAAGACCAAGAAGACCUACUGCAAGAACAAGGAGUGCAAGAAGCACACUCUUCACAAGGUCACUCAGUACAAGAAGGGUAAGGAUAGCCUGUCUGCCCAGGGAAAGCGUCGUUAUGACCGCAAGCAGUCAGGAUAUGGUGGUCAGACCAAGCCCGUCUUCCACAAGAAGGCCAAGACCACCAAGAAGAUUGUGCUGAAGCUGCAGUGCCAGAGCUGCAAGCACUAUUCCCAGCACGCUAUCAAGAGGUGCAAGCAUUUUGAGAUUGGUGGAGACAAGAAGGGCAAGGGAACGUCUCUUUUCUAAGCUGCUCAUCACCUAUCUGGAGUUGUGGGGUCUACUGUUCUUAAAGCUUGUCAAAUUUCAAUGUAACUAGCAGACCGUGCUAUGUAAUCCAAAUUCCAUGUCUGACUUCUGGCUAAGUGAAAAUUUGUAGCUUGAAUCUGCCUUCAAUCCAUACUUGUUUGAUUUUGCUCUAGCUUGUUUAUCGUGUGCCUUCGAGGCGUUUAAUAUUUUCUUUUACGGCAA